AUGACUCAUUUAAAUACAAAUAGUUCAACUGUAAAUGUUAAUUAUUCGCUUCGUACAAUCCCUGGAGAAGUUUCUGACAUCUUCACGAUUCUUUGUCUCAAUACAGUUGGAGAAAUUAUUGGACUUUUCGGAAUCGUUGCCAACAUUAUCAACAUUCGUAUCUUCCUGAAGCAAGGGUUCCGUGAGAGCAUCAACAUCACCUUCAUGGCCCUGGCCAUCACUGACCUUGGGGCGCUGCUUACCCUACAGAUGGCCAACAUCCUGGUGAACCCUUGGUCACUGACCGCUAGUCUGGACUAUUCCCCCCUUGAAGUCGUUGCUCUCCUCUCCUUCUACCCCCACAACUACUUCCUCCGAGUCAGUGGUCUAAUUACUGCAUUCGCCGCCUUUGAACGCUGUCUUGGUGUGGUGUUUCCAUUAAAAGUCAAAUACAUCAUAAACAGAAAGAGAAUCUUAAUGGGCAUCUUCUGUAUUUGUAUUAUCGCCAGUCCAAAUGUGUUUAUUCCGUUCUACUGUUCCUACCUAGAUUGGAAGGUCGUGCCUAUGUUCAACAUAUCGUACUUUGGAAUAGUUUAUCGAGAGGAUGUCAGGAGAGACUUUGAUUUUUCGUUUGCCUAUUUCUACACAGACUUUUUCUUACCGAACUUGACUUUAUUUCUCCUUAUCACAAAUAACCUCAUCAUGGCGGUCCAGCUAACAGCUCAUGCCAGCUGGAGAAGAGAAGUAGCUGGUAAAAGAGAGUCACUGUCCAAUCAGAUCUCUCGUAAGGAGAAAAAGAUUGUCCAGAUGUUGACCAAACUCUCACUGAUUUUUAUAGUCUGCCUCAUUCCACAAUCCGCCAUUUUGACAGCGGUUACAUUUGUAAAAGGAUUCGGUCUCGGUGGUCCUUACUUUGACGUGGCUUGGCUCUGUUACUGUGUGUCUUUCCUUCUGGAGUCUGUUCACUCCAGUGUGAACAUCUUUGUCUUCUACAGGAUGAGCAGCAGAUACAGAAACAUCUUUCAAAUGUUGUUUUCAUCUCAUUCUUCAAUAUAUAUCAAACGUGUUACCGUCUAA